UGAGGUACCUUAUCGGUCUGAACUCAAUUCUUUAAUUCCGUAGUUCCCGAAGUUGAUUGACCGGAAUCCAAAGUUAGAAGCGGAAAGAUAUUCGCGGGCCGGGCGAUGAGAACGCCCGGAAGGGGAUGAUGCCGAAUAAUUUCAUCAACAUAACAUUGGUUUUAUAAAAUACUAAACAUGCCUUCUAAAAAUCCGCCAAAAUACACGAGAAAACCGACAAGGAAAAAUCCAGAUUCGACUUCGAAUCUAGGCGCAGGAAGUUCAAACGAUUCGGGAAAUUCAUCUUCGCCAAAUGCAGAGAAUCGUGAUUCGAGCACUCAACAGACUCGUGGUGAAGAAGGACCAAGCGAAUCUCAAAGAUCGCCCGAAGAACAAGUUCCUGACAAUACACCGGGCGCAGAGAAUACCGAAUCUGGUACCCACCAGACCCAGGGUCAGCGAAGACCUAGGAGAUCUCAGAGGUUGCCUGGGGAGCAAAAUCAAAACAUUACACCUAGUAUAGCGAUGAUCGUAGCAAUGAUAUUGGCUGCAUUGUCAGGGGGAUUCACUGGAUCUUCAAUUGGCUAUUUAGGCGUGUUCGUGGGUGCAGUAGCUGGCAUCGUCUUGGCUGCCUGCGGAAGAGGUGUUUUUCAUGUCGCAGGGUGGUUCAACAAUCCGGGAAGUUUUGGAAAUACGUAUCAAAAAUUCAAGGGCACCUUCUCUGCUGGAUUUAUGCAAUUCGGCGGGACAACCAAUCAAACUCAAAAGUCGUGUACGACCAAAGUCAACGCAGAACACGACGACUGAUGAGGACGGACCUGAGUCAAGCAAGAAGGCGAAGUAAAAUGCGACUGCUGAGCAAUGGGAAAAGUAGAAAUUUAACAUUUUUUUAACAUA